AUGCCUUUCCACAGAUUCUACAUCCCUCGAGGUCUCUACACUGCAGAGGAGAAACAAGCCCUCGCAAAAGCUAUCACCGAUGUUUACACCAUCGGAUCACCCACACCACUACCUCCGUUCUACGUUGUAGUGAAUUUUAUCAACAUCGAGGACGGUCAUUUUUUCGUAGGCGGUGAGAAGAAUAACAACUUCGUUCGGGUUGUCGUACACCAUCUGGCUGUUCAACAUCAAGAAGACCGCCAAAAGCGGAAUUUCAUGGAUCGAUAUGAAAAGGCCAUAUCUCCCUGGACGAAGGAUAAAGGAGUUGAUUGGGAGGUUCAAUUAUCGAACCAGGACCCGGUCUUUUGGAACGAGAACGGAAUCCAGCCCCCGGAGAUGGGUUCUGAAGCCUACCGACUCUGGAAGGAAACUAAUAAGCCAAUACCAUACUAG